CUGGCGCGCCACUGCUUGCAGUGCAGCAAUGCGCGCCGCAGCCAGUGCGGGCUCCAGCGGAGCCGCCGGGGCAGCAACGGAUGCCAGCGGACGCCCCACGCGCGGCGCUCCCGCCCAGUCGCCCUGGCUCUUCGACCGGCAGACGGUCGAGAAUGCGCCGUCGCGCAGCUGGUUUCUGCAGCGCGCCAACGGAGACGAGGUGCAGGCGAGAAAGAAGGAGGAGGAGUACCGGAUCGGCUCUUGCCAGUUCAUCCAGGACUCGGGCCGGGCCCUGAGAAUGCCGCAGCUGACGAUCGCGACCGCGCUCGUCUUUUACCACCGCUUCUACGCCUUCAAGUCGUACGAGCACCACGAGCGCUUUGUCCUCUCGACGACAGCGCUCUUCCUGGCGUCAAAGGUGGAGGAGACGCCGCGCAAGCUCAAGGACGUGGUUGGGGAGGCGCUCAAGAACUGGAACAAGCACGUCAAGGACUACCGCGUCCCCGAGCCCGAGUCUCGCGAGGUGCACGAGCUCAAGGAGAAGGUGCUCGUCACCGAGCGGAUUCUGCUGCAAACCAUCGGGUUUGAUCUCUCCAUCGAGCACCCGUACCGGCCGCUGCUCGCCUACGUCAAGUCGAUCACGGGGACGCGCGACCUGGCGCAGAUUGCGUGGAACUUCAUCAACGACUCGUACCGCACCACCGCAUGCCUGCAGUACUCGCCGCGGUUCGUGGCCGCCGCGGCGCUCACCCUGGCUGCCGACCGACUGACUCGGCAAGGCAAGGCGGUGCAGCUUCCGAAUCUGCACAAGUCGUUCGAGGUGCACGAGGACGGGGUCCACGCGACCAUGCGUCUCCUGCGCGUCAUCUACGACGAUAAGCGCAAGGGCGGGGGCGGCGAGUCGGGCGCCGCAAACGCGGCCGCCGCCGCCAAGGCGGAGGCUCCCGCAGCAGUCAAGACGGAGGCUCCGGCCGCGGCGGCCGCGCCCGCAGCAACUGCCCCUGCAGCUGCCCCUGCGGCGGCGCACGCGCGAACAGAGCAAGCAGCAGCCCCUGCAGAGCCGCGGCAGGCGGGGAGGCAGCCGGUGGAGGCGGGCGGCGCCGCGGCGGCGGUCAAGACGGAGGCUCCCGCUGCGGCGCCCGCCGUCGCCAACGGGGCGGUCGGAGAGAAGAGACCGUUUUCGCUGCUGGGCUUCACGGUCGCACUCCUUGGCUCCGCAGCAGUGGUUGGUCAGGUCAAGAUGCGGCUGCCUCCGCGGAAACAAUCAUGCAUCCGCGUGCUCAGCGUCGACGGCGAGACGGCAGCGGCGCUCGCGGUUGCCUGCGACAAGGCGUGGCGUGAUUCAUCAUCAGGUUUGCACUGGCACAUCACCCGGUGCAAGUACGAUGCCGCGGCGGGGCGAUGCACGGCGGGCGACAGUUUCGUGUGCGAGCCAGACGCGUUCUUCCGACCAAUCGCCGACGCUGCUCGCAACGGACAGCUGGCCGCCGUCUCGAUGCUCAACGGCCGGUUUGCUCUCUCAAAAGCUGACGUGGGUGUGCAGCUCCAAGGCGCGGGCCUACCAGUGCACAUGUGCGAGCGAUCCGAUUGCCAGCUGCGGCCGAUGAUCUCCACCUCGCUCAUCGGGCGCGGGCACCACCGCAUAUUUCUCAAGGGUGGCCGCAACGCGUGCGAGCCGAUGCCGCAGUGCCGCUCCUCGCGGGUUGGGCUCGUGCUCUCUCCGGCGGCGCUGCAGGAGCGAUUGCGAUGCAGCUACCCGAGCGACGGCCGCACCAAUGCGAAGGCGCAGCACAACCCCUUCAGCUGGAACGAGGUGGUUUUUGACGGCACCGGCUACGAGACGCCGCGCCCGCCGCUCAUCCUCGCCUUCCUGGAGGAGCUCUCGCACGCACGCGAGCUACACACACAAUAUGUGCAGCGCUACCCGGAGGCAGCCUCGGUGCCGCUCGUGCAGUACCACGAGUACGACGACCGGCCGUUCGAGCUUGUUUAG